GCCGGUAUUCCAGGUGGAGAACACGAUGAAGUCACAAUAAAUCACCCUGUUUUGCAACAGAAAUGGGUAAAGGUGCCUGUAUAUCUGAUGCCACCAGAGUUGUAGAUAUUACCUGGGACCAGGUGAAGCAACAUGACAAAGUUGAGGACAAAUGGAUUGUGAUAAAUAACAACGUUUACGAUAUUUCUCGGUGGGCGAAAAGGCACCCGGGUGGAGCCCGAAUUAUCAGUCACUAUGCCGGAGAAGAUGCAUCGGAGGCCUGGACUGCCUUUCACAAUGACAAAGACUACGUCAAAAAGUUCAUGAAGCCCCUCCAGGUUGGCAGAAUAAGGGAUCCAAAUGAGCCCGAAAUCGUCCAUGACUUCCGUGAAAUCCGUCAAAAGGCAGUAGACAUGGGUCUCUUUAAAGUCAAUGUAUGGUUCUACAUAGCGCAUAUUGCACACAUCCUAGCCCUGGAAGCCGUUGCCUAUUUUGUCAUCAGUUCGUAUGGGAUUGGUUGGGUGCCGUACUUGAUUGCAGCUGUGAUACUGGGGACUGCACAGUCCCAAGCAGGGUGGUCACAACAUGACUAUGGACAUCUGAGUGUCUUCAAAAGUAGUAAAAUGAACCAUAUAGCUCAUCAAUUUGUCAUAGGACAUCUGAAGGGUGCCUCGUCUCAUUGGUGGAAUUUCCGUCAUUUUCAACAUCACGCCAAGCCAAAUAUCGUCCGUAAAGAUCCCGAUAUAAACCUGCCAUACGUGUUCCUGCUGGGUAAAGUCCUGCCUGUCCAGUGGGCGCUGAAGAAGCGGGGUUUUGCCCCCUAUAACUGGCAACAACACUAUUUUUUUCUAGUCGGACCACCUCUACUCCUGCCAACGUAUUUCCAUUUUGAGAAUAUCUACUUUAUUGUCAAAAGAAGGGACUGGGGGGACAUGUUUUGGAUGCUGUCAUUCUUCGUGAAGCAUUUCGCCCUCUACGGACCAAUCAUGGGUGGCUGGGGAGCGUUCUGGUUCUACAUGUUCUUCAGGUGCUUGGAGAGCCAUUGGUUUACCUGGGUCACACAGAUGAGUCAUAUUCCAAUGGAUAUUGACCACGACAAUGGCCGCGAUUGGUUGACCAUGCAGCUGAAAUCGACAUGCAAUGUGGACCCUAGUCUCUUCAAUGAUUGGUUCACGGGACACCUCAACUUUCAGAUUGAGCAUCACUUAUUUCCCACAAUGCCUCGCCACAACUACAUCAAGAUCAAACCACUCGUCGAGUCGCUCUGCAAGAAACAUAAACUCAACUACCAGAGCAAGACGCUGUAUGCUGCUUUUGCUGACAUCAUCCGGUCUCUCAAGAGUUCUGGGGAGUUGUGGUACGAGGUGUAUCAUUCGUAGAGACGUCCGUCCAAUUACCCAACCAUCUUAGUUCCACUUCGACGGUUGCGAAGUUGACGCAAUCAUGUGUCGUACAAUCAUGGAAAAAAUCAAUUGGAAAAGACUAGUCAUUAUAGAUCAAAAGGAGGAUUCUACCUGAUGCAACGUUCAAUCCCUGUCUUGUACACCCCCUGGCCCAAGGGUCCAAUGCUCAAAUGAUAAGACAUUUGAUCAUGUGGUAAAGCUAUGACACUCAAUUACAACAGUAAAAAAACAGCAUUGGCAACAGGAUUGAUGUGUCAACUAAUUGUCGACCACCUGACAAGGGGAGUACAGGUUUCACAUUGACCGCUGCAUAAGAGAUGGUGGAAUGAACUAAUACUGAACAGCUGAGAAAACAACACGCUAUUUGAAUGAGUGUUUCAUAUCAUGUUUAAAACUUCACCUUCGAGAAAAUUAUAUCUGCUUAUAUUUACUGUAGGUCAGUUAUCUGUUGGUGAGUUGUGUUUUUAUUGUUUAUACUGUACAAUAGUACAUCAUUUAUAUCUAUCAGCUUUGCCGCAAAAUUAUCUUGAUGAUGUUGAGACAUUAGUGCAGUAAGUCCCCCAUAUACAUGUAUUGGACUUGACCAAAUCAGCACUUCUGGUUCGUCAGGUACAAAAUCCACUGAAAAACUGUCCAUUAUCUGCAUGUAUUUGGUUCAUGCGCUGCUGAUGUACAUGUAUGCAAGGUUUACUAUAUAGGCCAAACACAUACAAUGUAUGCUCUUAUUCUUAGCCAUCACGAACUUCAGGUCACAGACAAAUGUGUCAAACUUGUACUUUGUUUUUUAUGGUAAUCAAUAAUUAUUCUUAACCAGGUUGUUUAUGCAAGAAGGCCUUCUAAAACUCGCCCACUAGCCUAUUGUUUCAGGGCAACCUGUCUUUUUGAAUGAUCGGUUCACUGCUGACUGCUAUACAUUUAGCGUAGAGUGUUUUAUGGACGUUUGGAAAAUCUUUUUAAAAUUGUGAUCCGCACACCAAAAGCAGGUGUAUGUUGCUCUGAGCUUUAUGACUGGUUGAGACAGACUGGGUUGUUCAUUUCACUGUUGUCUGCCUUUUGUGAAAUCCGAGUACAUCAAUUUCUUACAUUAUCUCCUGGCCUCAUUUAGGUUCAGCUUAUGAGCGACAUGCGCCUCUUUUUGCUGCGACAGGUCACAAUCAGUAUUUGAAAACCUGUUCAGUCUCCCUGCAGGAACUAUGCAGGCCUUCGUGACGACCAGUAGGUUCUCGUAUGCCGUCUCAAAAUAUAUAUCUUGCCCCCAGUGGUAAUAUUUUUAUACUUUUUCGCUUUGACAGCUGUCCAUAAACUGCCUUAAUCUCUUCUAUCUAUCAGAAUUUAUGAAUAUUUUGUUACUCUAGCAUUUCUGCCGUCUUUUUAAAUGUAUUCUUAUAUCUUCGAAUGUUAGCACUUUGGUUUGUGGGAAACUACUAGUCAGCAGACCAGAAUGCACAUAUAUUUAGUCACAUCAAGACCGACCUGCAAAAUUCUGAGAUUUUGGAACAGGACAGCACUUGUCAGUCCUAAGGGUGUCCUCAGUAGAGAGGUUCCACUGCAUGGCCAUGAAAUCAAAUGGUCAUAGAGCAGUUAUUAUAAAGUCUGGCACGAUGAAACUUUGGACGAGUUUUAUCUGUGUUCUUAAUCUUAUUUAUCUGCAACACGGUAUUAUCUUUUUCGUAAUCACUUAGUCAAAUAUACAUGUAAUGUGGACAGACUCGGGUUUUCAAUCCUUCCUUCUGUAUUGGAUGAAAAUCAUAAAAGCAUUUCUUCAUGCACAAGUACAAAUAUUAGUCAAGUCUUUAAAUAUAAUAAACUUUUAUUUCUAGUUUCUAAA